GUCUACGUGGACAAGUUCAUGCACAGCGGGCAUCGGCCAACUAGACGGGGGCGGCUGCAGCGUGAUCUGCAACCGCUACCCUGUCCCGAUCUUGAAGCUUCGGACUUCACCGUGGAGGAGAAUAUUGACCCAGGCGACCUGGCCUCGCUGCAGUCUCGCUCGAGGGUAAUCGCGAUGGCUAUGUACUGGGAGGCCGGCUACCGCCACCUGAAGUGGGCCGACGUCUGCGAGCCGGAGCCGAAUGCGGCCCAGCGCUCGGCUCUCCUCGGGAUUGCGCGGCGCGUCUACUCGAGCGUCGCGCUCGAGCCCGCCAUGGCCGGGACCCUCGACUGGCCCGAGAAGCUGAAGGACCGGGCCAUCGCGCACGACAGCUCGGAGGUCUCCACGCCGAGCAAGGUCACGCUCGAGCAGAUCGAGGGCGGCCUGCCGCCUGCGGGGGUAGCCGCCUCCAUCGAGGCCGCGGAUCUCGCCGCGGGCUUCGUGCGGGCGGCGCUGCUGGACCCCUCCCUGGUCCUCCUACCGCCGGCGCAGAGGCCCCCCGCGCCGACCUCGGCGCGCGUCCGGGCGACGGCGCAGGAGUGGGAGCAGGUGGCGAGCGCCCUCUUUGCUCGCGGGAUGGUCGGCCCGAUCGACGAGGGCGAGAUCGCGACCAGAGGCGGGGUCCCCUUGAUCAACGAGGCCUUCGGCGUGGCGAAGGUGCACGACGCGCCGGUCCGCUGCGGCGACGGCGAGGAGCGGCCCGUCCUGCGGCUCAUCGUCAACCUGACCACCGCGAACGCGUGCCAGCGCGUCGCCGCGGGGGGCACCCCCGCCAUGCCGACGACGGGGCAGCUGAACGGGCUGGCGCUGGCUCCAGGGGGGCAGCUGCUCUGGAGCGGGGCGGGCCGCAAGGCGUUCUUCUGCGUCUUCAGGGCGCCCCCCGCCUGGUGGCCCUACACGGCGCUGGGGCCGCCGGUGCCGCGGCGGCUGGUGGGCGGCAGCGGCGACGGGCCGACCCGCCUCGCACUGAGAGUCAUCGGCGUGGGCUGGAUCAGCGCGGUCGGGGUGACGACGCACCUCCACCGCAACAUGCUGAGGCGGUCGGCCUCAGCCCCCCGCGGGCCGCCGCCUGCGGCCGAGGUGGCGCGCGCCCGCCGCCUGCCCGCGGAGGCCCAGGCAAGCGGCGUCGCGAUGUGGCUCAUCUACGUCGACAACCUCGAGAUCGCGGAGAUCAUGUCGAGUGAGGAGGCCGUCAAGCUGAAGGGGACCAUCCCCGAGCUGCUGAGCCGGGCGUCGGCCGGCUACGAGGAGGCUGAGUCCCCCGGAUCGCCGGGCAAGGAUGUCCACCGUGCCCAGCAGGUUUCCAGUUUGGGGGACCUCGUGGAUGGCGAGGCUGGCGCGCGGCGGCCGCCGCUGGGCUACGCCACGCAGCUCGCGAGCCUGACGCUGCGGUUCCUGGCGAAGAGGCGCCCGAGCAGGCGGCUGGCGCAGAUCCUGCUGGGGCGCUGGGUUCGCGUGCAGUGCUAUCGGAGACCGCUCGCCGCCGCCUUCGUGAACGCGUGGAAGUGGCUGGCGUCGGGCCGCUCGGGCGGGCUCAUCACCCUGGGCGUCGCCGAGGACCUGAUGAUCGCGGCCGCGCUUGCGCCGCUCAGCGUGGCGGACAGGCGGCUGACCGUCGACCACCUCGCGACGGCGUCCGACGCCUCGGAGGCCGCGGAGGCGAUCGUCUACCCCCAAGGGCUGUCAGACAUGGGUCCCGGGCUGGUCCCGGCGGCGCACCUGUCGUUCGAGGUGGACGCCGAAGCCGUGCGCAUGGCUCGGCGGGCGCACCCCAGCACCGUGCACCUGGGGGGCGGCACGGCUGCAGAUCCUGCGCAUCUGGCAGGCCUCCUGAAGGGCCACGGCCGCAUCACGAAGGUGUUCGUGACCAAGGGGCCCCCCUGCCAGGGCUUCACGGUGGUGAACGGGGCCCGCGAGGGGAGCGCGGACCCGAGGUCGCAGCUGGUGGGCCACAUGUGGAGGCUCAUCGAGGGGCUGAGGCGCGAGCUGCCCGAGGCCACAGUGGACUUCCUCGGGGGGAACGCGGCGUCCAUGGCGGAGGACGAGGUCCUGGCCUUGAACAAGAUGUUCGGCCGAGUGCCGGUGCCCCUCGACGCCGCGGACCUAGGCUGGGUCCGCCGCCCGCUGCUGCACUGGCUGUCGUGGGACCGGCUGCCCUCCUUCGAGAUGUCGGCCGAGAUAAAGGCGGCGGCGGAUGGGGCCCGGCCGCGGGCCUGCCGAGUGCGGCCGGUGACGGAGCCGCCGCCCGUCUCGGAGUGGCUGCCGCGCGGGGGGGUGGCGCGCUGGACGGCGGCGAGCUACGCAGCCCCGCCCUACCAGUUUCGGGAUUGCUUCUGCCUGCAUUGGGCGGAUGCGCGGAAGGAGCCGCCGCGGGCAGCGGAGCGCGAGGUGCUGAUGGGCUUCAGGCGGGGCCACACCGUGCCCUGCAUGAGCAGCUCCUCCGCCAAAAGCGACCCCGAGCGCCUCGAGGUCGUGGCCUGGUGGCUGAGCCACUGGGCGGUGCACCACUCGCUGCUGGUGGCAGUGCCGUCCCUGCGGAGCCUCCACGAGAGCUCGAGGAGCUGUUCGAUGGGCCGCAAGCUCUGGGCCAGCGGCGUGGAGACGCUGCGGUGUGGGCGCGAGGCCGUGUGCGAGGAGAACCUGCACCUGGUGGAGGAGGCUGGCCACGCGCCCGCGGCGGGCGCCGGGCAGGAGGCGCGCGCCGUCUACGUCGGCCGCGGCUCGCGCCGCUGGGGGCUCGGCCCCUCCAAGUGGGGGAACCCGCGCCCCGUGGUGCCCGGGCGGCCGGCCGGCGACGCCGUGGCGCUGUUCGCAGGCUGGCUGCGCUCCCAGCCCGAGCUCCUGGACCAGCUGAGAGAGCUGGAAGGGGCUCGGCUGCUCUGCCACUGCCCCUUAAGCGAGCCCUGCCGCGCGGACGUCCUGCUGGCGGAGCUGGAGCAGCGCGGCAAGGGGUGCUCCCGGCCCUUCCUGGAGCACCAGAGGGCGGUGGCCUCGCAGAUCAGUGCUGGCAUUUGGAAGUGGAAGGUCGCACGCCAGCUCGUUUGGCAGAACCAGGCCAAGCACAUCAAUGUGUUAGGGUGCGAGGCGGCCCUGCGUUGGCGGGCCCGGUCAGUCUCACGACAGACGUGCGUCUUCCCUCACCUGCUCGACAGCAUGGUGAAUAUCAGUGCUCUUGCCAUGCGCCGGUCUUCGAGCCAGCAGCUCAACAAGGUAGCGCGCGCCUUUUCCCAUCCUUGA